AUGUCUGUGGGCAGUGUGAACCUGGAUGUGGAUCAGCUGUCUCCAAACGAAACUCCUCAAUGCAAACUAAAUCACUUCACUACUUUGGGACGCAUAUUUGUGGCGGAAGUUGUGGGAAUAGCCGUGCUAUGCUUCACUGCAACUAUUUAUCCGCUUUCAUCCACUCCGGCCGUUGCACCAUCAAUUGUGGUCUCAUUGACAUUUGUGUGGAUUCUCUGGGUCUUUGGACCAAUCAGUGGAGCUCAAAUAAAUCCAUCUGUAACGGUCAUGUUAUUUUUCACCAGGCGUUUAUCUAUCAUACAUACGAUCACAUAUCUGGCUGCACAAUUCCUCGGAGCUCCUCUGGGCUCAUGGAUUGCCAUGUUAUUGAUACCGGAUAGUUUGAAAACCGGUGUGACUUUUGGUAUGACUAAACGUGCCUUGGGUUUGACUACUGGACAGGCAAUCGGGUUGGAAAUGAUUGCGACUGCGAUGCUUACGAUGGCUGUCAUGUCUCUUUGUGAUGAGUUCCGAGAUGAUCAAUGGACUCAUUCCCAUGUCACAUUAUUCCCACUGAAUUUUGCCGCAAUCAUGGGUUUAUUUGCCACUGUUAUGGUGAGUUGUUUUUGUCAUGAUUAUAUUAAACUGGUAUGCUGA